AUGACAGGAACCCAGGGCACCUUCUACCAGUCCGACUUACAGGAAAUAAAUGGAGGACAUCUGGAUGUAGUGAAGUACAUUGUCUCUCACAGGGCAAAGGUGGGCAUCAACAGCAGAGGAUCGAAGAAAAAGACACCAGUGAUGGUGGCAGGACGAUGGGGACAUAAGGACGUGGUAGAGUUUCUCGUUGAACUUGGAGCUGAUUUGUCACUCGUAUAUGAAGGUGGUAGCAGCGUACUUCACUUGGCCUGUUUUGGAGGACAUCUAGAGGUGGCGAAAUACAUUGUAUCAAAGGGCAAGGUGAACAUCAACAGCAGAGGAUGGAAGAAGAAGACACCAGUGAUGGUGGCUGCAGCAAAUGGACAUAAGGAUGUGGUGGAGUUUCUGGUGGAGCACGGAGCUGAUUUGUCACGCGUAUAUGGCGGUGGUAGCAGCACACUUCACUUGGCCAGUUUCGGAGGACAUCUGGAUGUAGUGAGGUAUAUCGUCGCACAGAACAAGGUGAACAUCAACAGUAGAGGAUGGAAGAAGAAGACACCAGUGAUGGUAGCAGCAGAAAUGGGGGAAAAGGACGUGGUGGAGUUUCUGGUGGAGCACGGAGCUUAUUUGUCACUCCUAUUAGCCAGUGGUAACAACAUCCUUCACCUGGCAUGCAAGGGAGGGCAUCUGGAGGUGGUGAAGUAUAUUGUCUCACAGAACAAGGUGAACAUCAACAGUAGAGGAUGGAAGAAGAAGACACCAGUGAUGGUGGCAGCAGCAAAUGGACAUCAGAAACUGGUGGAGUUUCUCAUCAGAAAAGGAGCAGAUGCUAUUGGCUUAAAGAGGUGA